GUCAGCAGCGCUGCUAGCAGUGAGCUAACGCUAAGGACCGGAGCGGACCGACAGCCGCAGAGCGAUGACCGUCCGCUGAAUCACCGUUCGCAGGCAGCUGCCUACGGACACCGCGGUCACCUCAACAUGGAUCUGAACACGAAGCAUGGAUCUCCCCCGGAGGACGGGGAGCUGGAAGACGGAGAGAUUUGCGACGACGAAGCCGAGGAGAGCGUGCCGACGCGGCGGGGGGAUGGUAGCAGGCCCGGCGGCGGCGGCGCUCCUCGGAGCCGAAAGACGCACCAACACACGCACGGCCUGCCGCCGCACCUGGGCCACCCGCUGCCGGACCUCCGCCUCAUGAUGCCCUACGGCCUUGGCCCUCACCUCGGCUCUUUCCCCCCCAACCACCGGCAGCAGUGCGGGCCGAGCGGGCCCGACCGGCCCCCGGCUCCCUCUCCUACGCCGGCGCUGCCUCCGGGGCUCGUUCCGCACGGCGAGCCGAGCCCGCGGUCCAGCUUCUGGGAACGGAGCCACGGAGCCCUGGGUCGAUUCAGACACCGGGUCGUACCGAACGGUGGACGCGGCGCCUGGAGCCGAGGCGGCCGAGGGGGUAACAGUCGAGCUCCCCCCGGUCGUUACGGCCCCGGAGAGAGUCACGGCUCCCCCCAGAGGAAACAGAAGCUUCUGGGGAGGAACCGGCCCAGGAAGGUUCUCCACAGCAUGUCCAAGCCAGAGAGCAGCAUGGACGAGUCCUUCGAGGACCUGCUGUCCAAGUACCGGCAGAUCCAGCUGGAACUGGAGUGCAUCCGGAAGGAGGAAACCAUGGCACUGGAGCCGGACCUGGACCAGGACCUGGUCCACGCCGGCGGACUCCAGGAGAACCGGACAGAACCGGCCCAGGAGCUGGACCGAGCCGAGAAGAAGGUGUUCCAGGCCUUCAACAUCAAACCGCUGAGACAGAAGAUCCCCUCAGCUAACCUGGACGAGCUCCAGAGGAGGUGGGCGGAACAAGACGGAGGGGACGGAGCCAAUGCUGAAGCUGCAGAUGGAACCUCAGAAGGAGGACCAGAACCAGCAGGUGGCGCUGUAGAGGAGGCCGAGCACAGAACCACUGCAGACGGAACCUCAGUGGACCGACCAGAACCAGCAGGGGGUGCUGCAGAGGAGGCCGAGCACAGAACCUGCGAGAACUGUGGAACCAACAAACCUCCAUGUUCCUGCUGCAGAGAGUCUUCAGCCUCCAGCGAGGAGUCCACGUCUACGGAGAAGAGGGUGGAGGAGGAGGAGCUGUCAGAGCUGCAGCUGCGUCUCCUCGCCCUGCAGUCUGCCAGUAAGAAGUGGCAGCAGAAGGAGCAGCAGGUGAUGAAGAAGAGCAAAGAGCGAAUCACCAAAGCUGUCCAGGACAAGAGUUCUGGUUCUGGCUCGGGCCCCGGGGCCGCUGGGCCCGGCAGGCAGAGGGUCACCACCAGGUCGGCCUCCUCCGCCGCCGCUGCAGAGAGGAACCGGACCAGGUCCAAUCCCGUGGACAGGGACCGGGAACGGACCAAGACCGGGACCAGACUUCCAGAACGGGACAGAGACCGCCCCAAACCCCCCCUGGACUGGGGACGGGUUCCAGGAAAACCCCACGUCCCCAAGAAGGUCGUCAGUCCAGGUGAGACAGGCUCGGCGGCGAAGCAGGCGUUCAGGAAGCAGCAGCUGAGGACAUGGAAGCUGCAGCAGCAGAGAGAGCAAGAGGAAAAACGGCACCACGAGGAGGAGGAGCGCCGCAAACGAGAGGACGAGAUCCGCCGCAUCCGAGACCUGUCCAACCAGGACGAGCAGUACAACCGCUUCAUGAAGCUGGUGGGGGGCCGGAGGAGGACACGCAGCAAGUCCAGGGAUCGGGACCACAGAAAGUCUGCGGGUAAAGCGGGCCUGGACUCCUCGGGGAACCUGUACCAGUACGACAACUACGACGAGGUGGCGAUGGACACAGACAGUGAGACGGGUUCUCCAGUUUCAUCACCGACGCCUCACCUGCUGUCUGCAGAAGAGCCCGGCGGCGUCCCUCAGGUGUCCCUCUGUGACACCAACACUGCUGCUGCCUUUGGAAUGGACCUGUCCCAGUCCUACCUGUCCCCCAUGCUGUCCUCUGUCCCCCCUCCUCCCCCUCUACCCCCUCCCCCUGAUGACCUGGAGCCCCCCCCAAAACCCCCGUUUGCUGAUGAAGAGGAGGAAGAGGAGAUGCUGCUGAGGGAGACCUGUCUGAUGUCCAUGGCCCACAAGAGGGUGGCGUCCUCCGAGAAGACCUCCAGUGGACCUCCGUCUCCCAGCUGCCUGCCUCCUGCAGACGUCCAGCUGCCCCCGAGAGGGAACCUGAGCACCGUCAGCCUGAACACGGUGCCUCCGUCUCGGACCAAGUUCAGCAGAGGACACCACGCUGCCAGAGCUCCUCUGGUGCUGCCCAGACACAAAGCAGUGGUGGUCUCCCUGAACGACUCGGACGACAGCGACUCGGACCUGGACAGCUGCAGCUCCACGCAGGCGGUGUUUGGAGGUCUGGAGUUCAUGAUCAAAGAGGCCAGGAGGACGGUGGAGGCAGCGAAGCCGAAAGCAGCAUCAGGAUGUGAGAAGGAGAACAACCCGGUCAGACCUCCAGAAGCUCUGCCUGAGGCCAAGAAGGCCGAGUACUGCCUGCUGAAAGAGGAGAUCGCCAGCAGGGAGAAGCAGAAGAUGAAGGACCACAGUCUUCCUCCUCAGAGCUCCGCCGCCUCUGAUUCGCUGAUCGACUCCUCGCUGAAACCUGCAGUAGAGCUGAAGCUGGCCGAGGCUGAGCAGAGGCUCAGCAAGCACAGGGAACUACUGCAGAGGGACGAGGCCGUUCUCAGACAUCUGCUGCAGCAGGAGCUGAAGAAAACAGAAUCUCUGAAGGCUGCCGAAGCCAAAGUGUCCAAACUGAAGGAGCAGCUCCAGGCAUCAGAGAGAAUCGUCACCGCAAACCGGACGCUGCUGAAGAAGCUGCAGGAGCAGGUCCAUCAAGUCGAACACCGGGUCUCCAUGAAGAAGAGUCUGGCGGUCCAGUUGGGGCAGGAGCUGCUUCAGGCUCAGCUGGCUGCCGGUAAAGGACCCAAACGCCCAGCAGAACCCAUCCAGAACCAGCCCAGUAAGCUGCAGCGGUUAGACUCCGCCCCUCGCGGUUCAGAACGUCACUUCGUGGAGCUGAUUGCUCAGAAGCAGCGUCUGCAGCAGCUGGAGUCUGAAUACGCCCAGAAGAUCCAGAAGCUGAAGGAAGCUCAGGCACUGAGGAACCGAGGACUUCCUGCUGAGCCGCCUCCAGCCUCGACUCCGGUGGACCGCCAGGUGGCGCCGCCCGCCGGCGCCUUCGCCGUGCCACAGCCGUCCCUGCACGACCUAACGCAGGACAAACUGACCCUGGACAGCGAGGACGCCGCCGAGCCCGAAGAACCAGAACCUGCACCUGCAGCUCCAAGCGGCCGCCGCUCCUCCCUCCGACAGUCCAGCAGCUCCUUCACCAAACCGCACCUGGACACGCCAAGCUCUGCCCCCUCCAAAGACGGCGGUGCCAAACUGACCAAGACAGAGCCUCCGGCUGAGACGUCCGUGGGUCUGGACCUGGACGCUCUGAGGCGGCGCUACCAGCUGCAGGCCCGGCUGGGAGACCUGCUGCUGGGGGAGCUGCAGCAGCUGGGGGCCGCUGUGGACGGAGCCCCUGCUGGACAGGUGCUUCCUGUGGAGGUGGAAACGGCAGCAAGCCAAUCAGGUGGCUCAGAGCUGAAGCCCGUUCCCUUUGGAGCCUAUCGCAGCCCUCUGCUGGCGUUCCGGUCGUACAGGUUCAGUCCCUACUACCGGACCAAAGAGAAACUGUCCCUCAGCUCUGUGACCUUCAGCAACGUCAUCGAACCCAACAGAAUCUUCUGUCGCUUCGACCUCACCGGGACCUGCAAUGACGACAGCUGCAGCUGGCAGCACAUGAGGAACUGUACUCUAACUGGGAACCAGCUGUUUGAAGACAUUCUGUCCUACAACCUGCAGCUGAUUGGUUGUUCUGAAAGCAGCUCGGGCGAAGACAUUGGUGCAGCUACAGAGAAAUACAUGAAGAAGCUGUUUGGUUCCAACAAGGACCGGAUGGGACUGGACCAGAAGGCCGUCCUGCUGGUCAGCAAGGUGAACGAGAGCCGGCGGCACGUUCCUCCGUUCACCACCUGUAAGGACAUGAGGAGGUGGAGGCCCAAACCAGCGACGCAGAACCGCCUGAGGACCGAGGACGGCAGUGAGGACGAGGCAGGUCACCUGACACCUGGACGAGCAGAUGACGUCUGUAAGUCCAGUCUGUCCACGAUGGACGUCUGCGUCACCUCCGAGGACCGCCGCUACUUCAUCAGCGAGACAGACGACAUCUCCAACCUGGAGAGCAGCGUCCAGGAGAGUCCCCGAGACACUCAGCUGUGGAUCAAACUGGCCUACAAAUACCUCAGCCAGAGUGAGACCUCUGCAGCAGAGAGCCUGGAGGCUGCCCUCAACACGCUGUCUCGAGCUCUGGAGAGCAACUGUGACGACCCUGAGGUGUGGAGCCACUACCUGACGCUGUUCUCCAGGAGGGGCAGUCGCGAGGAGGUGCAGGAGAUGUGUGAGAUGGCCGUGGAGCACGCCCCGGACCGCCUCGUCUGGUGGAACGUACGUCUGCAGUACCUGACCCUGGAGAGCUCUUUCGAGGGGAAGGACUACGUCUGCGAGCGUCUGCUGCACUUCCUGCAGGUGGAGGCGUCCUCAGGUGUGUCGGAGAAGCUUUCCUUCCAGCUGAUGGAGGUUCUGCUGUACCGAGUCCAGCUCAGCAUGUUCAGCGGCCGCAUGGAGAGCGCUCUGGCCCUGCUACAGAAUGCCUUGAAGUCGGCUCAGGACCGCAGUGUGGCCGACCUGCUGCUGCCGGCCGACCGGGUUCUGCUCUGGCUCUCCUUCAUCCACCUGACCGAGUUCGACCGGCUGCCGGCCAACCUGUUCGACCCGGCCGAGUCCGGCCCAUCCCGGCUGGUCAGCAGAGAUGCCUUCCUGCUGCCCUGGAGGACGGAGACGGACGUCAGCACGCCACCCGACAUCCUGGUGGCCCUGUUCCAAGAUGCCAUCCGUCAGUGCAGCCACGAGUCCGACCUGCUGGCCUGCCUUCCUCUGCACUCCAACCUCAUCCUGCUCCACAAGCUGCUGCACAGGUACGAUGAAGGUGUGUCUCUGUGUGAGUCUCUACUGCAGCUCCAUCCAGACUCGUGCUCUCUGAGAGACGCCCUGGCCGACCUCCACCUGCAGAGAGGAAACGGCGAGCAGGCGGUGGGGGUGUGGCUUCAUGCUCUAGCAGAGUGUCCUCACAAUGCAGAGGUGUUCUACCGCUGCUGCAGGUUCCUCAUGGCUCAGGACCAGUCCAGUGCCGUCGUCCCGCUGUUCAGAGGAUUCGUCCUGUCAUUCUGCGACGACCAGGACAGCCAGAGCACACCUGUAGACAUCCUGCGUGUGGUCCUGGGUUUUCCCUCCAAUCAGCUGCUCAGAGGUUCCAUCAUCAGGAAGGAGCUUCAGGAGCAGCUGAGUCAGCAGAAGUCCUUCCUGCACCUGAUCCACUGUCGCUGGCAGUGGCUGCACGGUUCUGCGGAUCAGACGGUGGAGGCGUUUGAGAGAGCCCUUGGUUCCACGCUGCAGCUGGAUGAGCUUCACACGCUGUGGAUGGACUACCUGCUGUUCAGCUGCAGCCCGCAGGCCUCUGACCCGGCUCGGUCCCGGCGGUUCUCCGACCUGGUGCAGCGCUGCCUCAGCACGGUACCGACUCGCCUGCAGGUUCCCUUCAACCCGGCAGAGUUCUGGAGCUGCUACCGGUUCCACAACAAGGUGGUGUCUCUGUACCUGAGCUGCCUGCCACCAUCCCAGCAUGCACUGGUGCUGGAGAGGCUCCGAUACGCCAUGCCCAACAACACGGAGCUGGGACUGAGGUUGCUGCACCAGGAGUUCCAGGACGGGAGCAUGGAGCAGCUGAGGUUUCAGGCCCGCAUGCUGAGCAGCAGCGCCCCCCGCUGUCUGUCGGUCUGGAAGAUAGCGAUCGCUGUGGAGACGGAGCUGAAGCAGCGGUCGGAGGUCAGACUUCUGUAUCAGCAGGCUGUCCAGCAUCUGCCUCUCUCUGCUGCCCUGUGGACCCAUCGCCUGCUGUCCGAGGCGGCAGAGGGCGGAGACUGGGAGAAGGUGCGUCGCCUGGUGGACCUCUGCCAGCAGGUGGGGGUCAGCCUGAGUCUGGGCGAGGCUCUGGGGCCCGGGGGCCGAUCCACGGACCUCUGAUCAAACUGAUAAUGGACUAGUCAGGCUGCAGGGACGGAGGGAGAGACGAGGUAAGGCAGUCCCUCCUCCCCCACCUCCUGCAGCUCCUCCCCCAGGAUGGAGAGCUCCUCCCCCAGGACGGAGAGCUCCUCCCCCAGGACUGCUGCUGUCUGUAAGUAUGUCCUGCUGAGUGAUGGCUUCACUCUUCAUCCUCUUCUCUUUGGUUCUCCCCUUUCAGUUGGAUCAUUCCCUCCCUGUUAUUCAUCCUGAGGGGGGUGUGGGGCAGUGGGGGGG